AGCUGAGAUGAAAGCGAUUACUUUAGCAGUUCUGGGCCCGAUCCUUGUGUUGUCAUUAUUGCAAAAUGCAACAUAUGCAAGCGCACAUACAGCGAAUGUCAUCUUAACAGAUCCGCCAACAGAGGUUACGUUAGAGUGUGGUGAGAAGCAUCAUAUCGUGGUUAAUAAGGGUAUUCUAUUUGAUAAUAAAGAUGGUGAAAGGUAUGCCGAAAGUGCACGGUAUCCGCCAAAGAUGGCGUGUGAUUUAGAACGAAAUUGCAACUUCAAAUUCGCAUCAGAAACGUAUGACUAUAUGAGUCCACGUCCGCAAAAAGGUUUCCAACUUACUAUCAUUUACGAUUGCAAACGAGAUAACUUUCAAGGAAAUCCAAGAAGGAUAACAGGCUAUGGAAAAACCGGCGGUUGUCCGCAAGACUCUUUCGUUCAGAAACACGUUGCUUAUUUUAACGAUCGAAACAUCGCCCCCGUCAAUACGGCAGCGGCACGAAGGGAAAGGGAAUUGAUUGCCAUGAGCGUCUCUGCUCAAGUCAGGCGUUUUAGGCAAGCAAACCCAAGAGCACCCAUCGAUCCAAAUGUUGGCACAGUGUUUUUGAUAUAUGAUGAUGUAUCGGGCAAAUCCGAUUUCAUGCCGAGUCAAACCAAUAAAUGUCAAUUCACGCGGGAAGGUCUUGCCAAAUCAUUGAAGUAUAAAUGCGAUCGAGGCACCAAUAAAUGGACAUGUACUCCUGAGGGCAACACGGACUUGGCUAUACAUUACAAAAAUACUGGCCAUUUACAGUAGGAACCAAGGCUCAAACCAAGACCAUGACCAUGACCAGUGAAAACCGUUCCAUUCUUCUAACCAAAAUCGCUUUCGAAACCGGAAUUCCUCUCAAACGAAUUGAUUAAAAAGUAAACACAUCACGAAACACAUCACGAAACACAACACAGUGUACACUACUACAGUUUAUAGAUUUUUUUAUUAAAAACGGAUCAACGAUUAAAUAUAACAUAUCUACAGAAAAAAUAACAAUUAGUGAAUUAACAAGCUCAAUAUGAUAAUAAAUUUUUGACAAUC